AUGCCUUCAUUCCAUCAAAGUGCUACGCAUUCUGCUACCCCUUCUCACCAACCCGAUCAUACCAAUGUUCAAGGCAAGAUGCCGCCUAAAAUAGCUAACGCUGCGCCUGACGUCGAAGUGACCUUACCUAGUCAACAUCACGGCGUCAAGUCUCCCUCCAAUACCAAGUCAGUCGGUCGAUUUCACGAAGAGUUAGAUAUCAGCCAACGUGCUAGUUCUUUCGGCGAAAAUCUGCCGCAAAAGUCGUGUUCCGCUUUGCCAGAGUCUGCUGGGAGCCCAAUAGUGCCGCGAGCCACCCUGAAAAAGUCCGCCACGAUACGAAGAAGUCAUUCGGUAAAAAGAAGCCCUAGUUGCAGGAGCUCGAGGGCCGGGAGUGUCCGCAGCGUGGCCCCCCAGGUUGAAGAAGAAUUAGAACAAGCGUACUGUGCAUUUUAUUCGCCCGUUCCUACCAGCGGAAAUCCCACAGAAGCUCUAGCCAAUAGAUUCCAAGCCUGGCGAAGUGUGUUAAAAGAUAUCAUUUCACACUAUAAAGAAAUACAAGCCAGCUAUGACCUACGAGCAAAAAGCCUAGUGAAAGUUUCGAAUAUUAUUAACGCUAACAUCCCCCCGCCGUCUUUUCUGCAGUCUGGUGGCAUCCAUGAUGCCGCACAGAUAGCUCACACGCAUUACAAAGUUUGCCUCAGUGAGGCCGUUAAGUCUAAAGAGAUCGAAAAUGACGUAAUUUCUGCCCUAGUCGGUCUAAGAAGUGAUCUACAACACAAGAUCAAAGAGAUCAAGAACUUGUCGGGAGAUUUCAAAAAUUCAGUCGAAAGAGAAAUGGAGGCAACCCGUAAAUCAGUCCAUGAACUACAAGAAAGUCUAAGUUCAUUGGAAAUCGAUCCAUCCCAAAGUAUUGGAAAAAGGGACCCAUAUUUACUUAGAUUGGCUGUGGAUCAUCAAAUUGAGAAGCAAAUAUCCGAGGAAAACUAUCUUCACCAGGCCUACCUUAACCUGGAAUCAUCAGGCAAAGCGCUCGAAGCCAUUGUUGUCGGUGAAAUUCAGAAAUCAUAUAGUGCCUAUGCUGGAAUUCUGAAACGUGAGGCGGAUGCAUCCUAUGCGACUGUUAACGAAUUUUUAAAUGGGCCACUAACAAUGCCAAGGGAUCUUGAAUGGAAUCACUUUCUUAGUGAUAAUGAAAACUUCGUCGAUCCUACCGUUCCAAUUCGAAAGUCCCAGUACGUUCAAUAUCCAGCAAAACAUCACGAACUCGCGCAAGAGGUGCGGGCCGGUUUACUAGAACGAAAGAGCAAGUACUUAAAGUCAAAUACAGUGGGCUGGUAUGUUCUAUCGCCGACUCAUCUUCAUGAAUUUAAGUCAGCCGAUAAAAGACAAGCCCCCAUAAUGUCAUUGUAUUUGCCGGACCAAACGCUCGGGUCGCAUUCUAGCGAGGAUUCUAAGUCAAACAAAUUUGUCCUUCGAGGCCGUCAAACAGGUACGAUGCAUCGUGGACAUUCCUGGAUCUUUAGAUGCGAGAGUCAUGAGAUAAUGAUGUCAUGGUAUGAGGCUCUGCGAAACUUAACCGGAAAAUCUUAUCAAGAACGUCAGGCUUAUGUCAAGCAGCAUGCUCGAAAUGUAAGCGGUGGCUCUCAAAAUACGGGAUCCGUAAUCAGUAGCGAUAGUGUGUUAGAUGACGAGGACGAAGAGCCAUUCGCUAGUGCUAGUCUUUCCAUUAGAGCCCAUACCCCAGUGAAAGAUGAAUCGUCAACAAGACCGUUGCCAGGUGGGCGAUUCCCAUCUUCUGAUAUACUGGCAACAAGAAAAGGGCAACAAGACUUACCCGUAUCGCGUUCAUUAUCUAGUGAAAGCCAAGGAUUUGAAGAUGCCUCUAAGGCAAAGUCACAGGCGACAAAGGAUACAUCUACUAAAGUAAUUCGUGGAAAUUUAGCAGCAAUGUCCACUGAAUGGAAGCCUGAUUUAGUGACAAGUUCUCAUGAUCAGCUUGCAGGAAAAGUGGCUCCACCCGUGCACUCAUCUUUCCAGCAACAAGAUACCAUAGGAAUGGAAUCGAACUCUACACCGGUUACACCUGAAAUCAAGGAUGAUGGAAGACCUAGAGAUUCUAAAAAUCUUCCUCAGACCGAAGAUAAAAGUCAUGCGGCUGUUUUUGAAUGCAAUCGCGAGGGACCUAGAUUGGUUACUGUAGAGGACAUACCCAGUAUUAUAUCGCAAAAAUCGAGUUCAGGUGGUCCUUUGCCCAUAGACACUUCAUUAUCUUGUGAACAGGCGCACGCAGAUGGGCCCAAACCUCGUAAUAUUCCGACAACAUCUUGUAUUGGACAAGAAUCUACAACUGAAGACAUGGCAACAUUAGAACAGAUUGACAAAGCAAAAGGGGCAAGUGAUGACCUGCAUAUUCCAGGUGAAUGGCAGAAGACAAUAAGCGGAUCAAUCCCUCAGAAUUGA